AUGGCACCCACGGAUUAUACAGAUUUUGAUCCGAAUGGCAAGGACCGCAAGACAAUCGAACCAUGCGUAAUAACACGAACAAAGAUCUACACCGAUCUGUACGACGACGACCUAUGGUUUACCUUCAAAGAUGAUUUUGGAGACUGGACUACAGAUAACCUUUGCAAAGCGACCGUACCAGUCCUUGGAAAACUACGUGACGUACUGCGAACCAAUGGUAUAUAUGUACCAAAGGGUGGACACGCAGGAAGAGUAUUAGCGAACACACUGACUCUUCCAGAACCACACGAAUGGACUAAAAGUGAAGUUGUUGAACACAUACAGCUUAAAGGGACCUUCAAUUCCCCAUUUAUCCAGUUGAAGUUCGCUGCCACAAUCAAAAGAAUCAACGACGCCGCAAAUGUGACAAUACAAAAUAAUGCUCAAUUCGUGCAAGAAGAUACCCCCUCUCCACCGUCAACGAACCUACACGGCAUGGUAACAAGAAUGAGAGCAUCCGCAGGUGGCCUACAAGAUAUGAUACCACACGCUGAGACGGCACCACCGACACCGACACCACCGGCGCCGCAGGCACCACUAGUACAAGUAGCGACACCUACCCAAACGGCAACAUGGCAAGGAACGGGAUAUGUGCCAGCAAUCCGCGACCAAGAAAGAAUGUAUUCGCAGGUAGGACAAUUUGCACCGUUAUAUGUCAACAGCAUCGCACAACUUCGGAAGGUGUACACUACAGAUAGCACCAAGUACGGCGAUAAUGAAGACUCAUUCGACCUAGCUCAUAAUAUCUUCUUAGACCUCUGCCGCCAGAUGGGUCUACAUACCGCAGAAGCACGGAACCAGGCAUUUUCAGUUAUGCUCAAAGGACUCGCACUCGACUAUUACUACACGUGGAAAGAUCAAUGGGAGCGCAUGGGAAUCGACCCCGCUGUGGCAGUCAAAAACCACUUCGAAAACGACGAGCACCUACGAAAAGUGCAGACUGACUGGGAUGCGAUAAAUCUUUAUACGGUAAUUGUAAAGUACCCUGAAAAAUCAACUACUGAAUGCUUAGAGAUGAUGUUUCGAGAUAUCCAAAAGCUCUACCACAAAUUGCGACCAGAACUACGAAACGAGGUUAUUUGGCACGCAAAGCUCAUUUCUGCUACUCGAACACACCCAGCAUGUCAUGCAGCAACUGGAAAUCCCGCAUCUACGAUCCCUGGUCUCAUGCAGAGCCUUCGAGGAAGUGUCAGCCAAUUUGAAGACACUAAGCGAGCAGCGCAACAGCACUUCGCAGGCACAUAUAAUACUGAUCCGUAUGACGUUCCACGAACGAACAUGACAGAACGUCGCUUCUUCAACAAUAAUCUACGAUACCAGCCUCAAAACCGCAGCCGCUUUACUCGGAAACCAUCUCGUCACUUCAGAGGUCCCAGAAACGACAAAAAGACAUGUUAUAUCUGCAAGAAACCAGGACACUUAUCAUAUAACCACUCGGACGAGGAGCGCGAGGCACACAAGCGUGAAUGGAAUAAAAACAGAUCUGGGAGUUAUCAACAAUUUAUGGCUGAAAUUGAGGGCUGGGAAUAUGACCCUGAAUCAAUUGAAGAACUAGCAUCAAGUGGCGCUUAUUUCGAGGAUGACAGCAGUGAUGACGAACCUCCAAGGACCAAGGAUUCAAUUACUUCCAAAGAUUCAGCCAAUAAGAAUGCACCACUCCAGACUACCUCAACCCAUUUUGCCAGCGCUUUCUUCACUACUGAUGAGAAGCCAAAGGGAGAAUUAGGAAAGUUAAUUACUACAGAGUUAGCAAAUCGAGCGACCAUGCACUGCGUCAAAGCCCUGGCAACAAAGGAAGCACAAGAUGGUGACAAUAUAGAGAAUGACGUUGAAGAAACGAUUGAUACAAGCACCUACGUUUCGGCAAGCCGAUACUCCGAAGAAACAUGGCGAGGUAUUCUCAUUGACACCGGCGCUGCAGACUUCUCUACAGCCGGAUACAGUCAAUUUCUCGCAUAUCGGAAAGCUGUCAAGGGAGCCGUAAUGGACACAUCAACUGUCAAUUCAGUAGGGAUCAAAUUCGGCUCAGGCGAUCCCGUACGCUCAAAAGGCUCAGUCGACGUCGAUACACCAAUUGGCCGAGUCCGAUUCCAUAUCCUUGAAACAAUGACACCAUUCCUACUCUCUAUUAAAGACCUAGACAGACUGAACGUAUAUUACGACAACACCAAAGACCUUCUCAUUGGCCCGAAAGAGAACAUGACUACCCAGGUUAUACGAAGAUUCGGCCACCCAUUCCUUAUAUGGCAGGAGACCUACGAAUUAUGCCUUAUGGAAUCACUUGACGAGAAUCCCUGCUUCCUCACAGAAACAGAAUUACGGCGCUUACACCGCCGAUUCGGUCACCCCUCAACUGACAGAUUCUACCGCGUUAUCGAACGCGCAGGCCACGACGCUGACCGUGAAGCAAUUGAGCAUAUUCGCAAAUUCUGCCAUCAUUGUCAAAUCCACGGUAAAUCUCCCGGCCGUUUCCGCUUCACAUUGCAAGACGAUAUACAUUUUAACCAUUCAAUUAUUGUUGAUAUUAUGUAUAUUGAUGGUAAACCUGUACUUCAUAUUAUCGACGAAGCAACACGUUUUAACGCCGCACGUUGGCUACCUAAUAUAUCUUCAAGCGCAACAUGGGACGCCCUACGUGCCGCAUGGAUUGAUACGUACCUAGGACCACCAGAUCUCAUUGCAACUGACGCUGGAAAGAACUUUGUGAGUAAGGAAUUCUCACAGCUCGCGACAUCUAUUGGCACCACUGUCAAGAGCGUUCCUAUUGAAGCUCAUUGGUCAAUUGGCAUGGUUGAACGCUACCACGCCGUACUACGUCGCGCCUAUACCAUCAUCUCCGACGAAUUGCCAGAUCUACACCCCGAUAUGGCGCUACAAAUGGCCGUAAAAUCUGUCAACGAUACUGCCGGCCCCAAUGGCCUCGUACCCACGCUUCUCGUAUUUGGUGCCUACCCACGACUUACGCAAAACGACGCACCAGCAAUAUCAGUUGAACAACGUGCUACUGCACUCAAGAAAGCAACUGCUGAGGUACGAAAAUUGUACGCACAACGACAAGUAAGAGAUGCACUCAAUACCCGUAACGGCCCGUCAACUAUAGUGAUCCAUUCGCUACCACUUAACUCGAACGUCCUUGUAUUCAGAGAAGGAAAUACCGGCUAUGCUGGAAAAUGGGAAGGCCCAUACAAACUAUUAGAAGUCAAUAACGAGACCUGCACAGUCGCACUUCCAAGUGGCCCAACUCAAUUCCGCUCAACCGUUGUAAAGCCAUACUAUGCCGAGGACAUGCCACCUGAGGAUAUUGCCACUACUCUAGACCAUGAUAACGCACCUGAACCCCCAACACAAGGAAAUGCACUCCUACCGCCAUCGACUGUCAAAAUCCCCUCUCAACGACCGCAGCGCAACCGUCAACCAUCCGCUCGAUACCGAGAUGACGAUUUCGAAGCAUACAUCAACAAUAAGGAGAUUACUCAACCUCGAGCUGACUUUGACGAGGUAUUGGAACAAACAAGAUUUACUGACUCACGCAAGCAAGAGGUGGAUGGCCUAUUGGAGAGAGGUGUCUUCCACUUCGUGCAUGAGAAUGAAGUUCCCAAAGGUGAACGUAUUUUCAACUCACGAUUUGUGGAUGAGAUGAAGAAUUCUGGCACCGACAAGGCCUUUGAAAAAUCGCGACUUGUUGUGCAGGCUUACAAUGACGAAGGGAAGGACUUCAUAUUGACUGAAUCACCAACUAUACAACGCUGUAGUCAGCGCCUGAUUCUAUGCCUGACUGCCUGUAUGGUUACUCACUCCCUAUGGCUACGAGACGUUGUUCAAGCGUAUAUUCAAUCGCAAACGUAUCUUAACCGUGAUAUCUUCGUACGACCGCCACUAGAACUCGCCAUCCUUCUUUCACCAGGCACACUGUUAAAAGUCGUCAAGCCUCUAUAUGGGAUCCCCGAAUCAGGCAAUCACUGGUUCAACACGUACCAUAGCCAUCAUACAGAGAAACUGCAAAUGGAGACGUCAACCUACGACCCGUGCCUCCUGCAUUGCACUAAUUCUAGUAAUGGUUUUGGUGUUGUUGGCAUGCAAACUGACGAUACCCUCAUCCUUGCUGACGAAGCUUUCGCCAAUCGCGAAGAGAAGGAAAUUAAGGCUGCCAGGAUACAGUGUAAACCUCGUGAACGACUUUCGCCUACAAACCCCUUGAAAUUCAAUGGUGGCCUCAUCUCGGAGACAGCCCAGGGUAUUUUGCUCAACCAAGAACGCACCUGCAGGCUAAUACAAAUUGUGCAAGAGCAACAUGCUAAUACGACAAGUUCCCGGGGAAAGAUCCGCAAGAAUGUAUCGCCAAAAGAGCAGUACGUAUCUCAACGAGCGCUCGGUGCCUAUAUCGCUUCCUUGACGCAACCGGAAGCCGCAUUUGACUAUGCCUUUGCAGCACAGAGUACAGAUCCGCAGAAAGAGGACAUCAAACUCCUCAACAGGCGCUUGCAAUGGCAAAUCGACAACCCAUCCCGCGGCCUGAAGUUUGUCAAACUUGAUAUCAACAGCAUCAAAUUAUAUGCCUUUGUUGAUGCGGCAUUCGCUAAUAAUAAAGACCUCUCGUCACAAAUUGGAUUCGUUAUCGUACUCGCUGACGCUUCAAAUAACGCGAAUAUUGUACACUGGUCCUCGGUCAAGUGCAAGCGGAUAACGCGUAGCGUACUAGCUUCGGAGCUAUACGCCAUGGUUAACGGCUUCGAUUUUGCUGCCUCUAUCAAGGCAACGAUUACGCAGAUUCUGCACCUCGAGAACCCGCUUCCGCUAGUGAUUUGCACGGAUUCGAAAAGCUUAUAUGACUGCCUUGUGAAGCUCGGUACGACGCAAGAAAAGCGGCUCAUGAUCGACCUCAUGUGCCUCCGCCAGUCAUACGAGCGUCAAGAGAUUACAGAAGUCAAAUGGAUAGAUGGCAAUAGCAACCCUGCCGACGCCAUGACAAAGAACAAAGCAUGCAACGCUUUGCAGAUCCUUGUUGAUACGAAUAAGCUACAUAUCACUGUCGACGGCUGGGUAGAAAGGUCUACCACGACACCGCAAAAUCGCGCGAUCAAAGCAAAUUCGGUGGCAUUCGCAAAUCCCCAAUAAUGUCCCGAAUCCUCGUGUCUAACCACAUUUUCUUUUGCUUCAUUCUUCCCGCAUGUACAGAAAGCAUUUAUGUAUUGUUUACUGCACCAUUCCCUACACCAAUCCGUUUGUUUUAUCAACCCGGUGCCGCUCGUUAUUUUUCCUAUUUUUAGAGAGUUGCCAGUGUCGGAACGUGAAUAUCAAACCCUACACGUUUUGGCACCGGAUAUAGUUAGUCUGACGCGGCACGUGCGUGCCGCGUAUAUCUAGCUAGCUAUCCCCGUCCCCCUCGUUCUUGGGGAGAAGUCACAAUAUUAGGAAUCAAGAUAUCUUCAUAUUGUC